CUCGUUGUAGAGCAGAACGAGAAAGGUGCAAUUGUUACGACAAGAAGAAAAACAUUCAAAUCAAAUCCUUUUCUAAUUUCAGUAAUUUCUAAAGCCUAUUUGUUUAUACCUAAGUUACCUGUAUGUUUACUUUCAGACCAGAGAAACAAACGAAAAUACUGUAAAAUAACGUAAGUUAAUACCUUUUCCCUUUUAGGCCUAUUAGUUCAGUUCAAUUUCAGUUUUAAGUUUGUCCCUUUCCCUUACAAGUUUGUUUUGUCGAUUAACUUAGAUGACGAUCUAAACUUAGCCUAUUCGUAAUAUUGAAGGAUUUGUUAUGGAGAGAAGGAAAAGGUCCAUACCUCUAUGUGUUUUGGUGCAGUCUGAUGAAAACUCUGAUGAGAGCGACAGUGACUUCAGGGCAGAAGACUACUCAGAAAAUGACAUUACAACAGACUUUGAAUCAGAAAUUAAUUCUGACGAAGAUUCUAAAAGUGAUAAUGAAAAUACUGCAAGUGAAAAAGAAAAUCUUCAAGCAACACCACUCAGUACUCAAAAAACAGAUUAUAACAUAAAAAUUGAUCUGUCUAAGAUUGUAAUCUGCGGUGUUUGUCUUGGAGAUGAAACUAGUGACUAUAAUGAGAUUGUCGAAUGUGAUAGUUGUGGAGUCACUGUACACGAAGAUUGCUGUGGAAUUUCGGAUACUGAUAGUGUUUCUAGCAGCGGAAGUGGAAAAUCUAAAGCAUCCUGGUUCUGUGAUGCUUGUCAAGCCGGAAAAGAAAAUCCCACGUGCGAACUUUGUCCCAAUCCUGGAGGUAUUUUCAAAGAGACUGAUACGGGAUUGUGGGUUCAUUUAGUUUGUGCGUUGUACAUGCCUGGGGUGGCAUUUAGAGAGGUGACCAAUUUGAGAGGAGUGACACUGUUUGAUAUGUCUUACAAGAAAUGGGGAGAACGAGUUUGUUCCCUCUGCCCUGAUCAACAGUUGAGUCAAACUGGAGUGUGUAUCGAAUGUGAUGCUGGUUUGUGUCGAACAUUCUUUCACGCCACAUGUGCUCAGAAGGAAGGUCUUCUCUCUGAAGCUAAGUCAGAGGAAAUAAAUCAUGCCGACCCGUUCUAUGCUCAUUGCAAGCUGCAUUCAGACAAAAGUAUUUCAAAGGUCCGCAAACGUAAUUGGCUAGCUUACGAGUCAAAAAUAAAAAAUCAUAAGAAGCUGCUACCUUCUGAAGAAUCUGAUCCUAGUAACUUGUCUAAAUCUACCUGGGUAAAGACAGAAUUGCAAAAACAUCAACGAAAAUAUAUUGAAAAAUCUACGAUUUAUAAACAUCAACCUUGGGUUAAACCACAUAAGAUGUCUCGUCCACUGAUUUCUAGUGCAAGCACCCUUGAAGCACUGAACCGCAAGGCAACACUAAGUGGAAUCGACACACAGGCCUGGGCUUUGAAAGAGGCUCUAGCAAAGGCUUUAGCAGACAUACACCGUAAAUGGCAUGUUGCUCCUGCUUUUGAUUUUGAAUUUGUGGGCUACUACUUGGACCGAAAUAGUCGCAUCAUUUCUAUGAAACAAAAUUUGAAUGUACAGAUUGAGGAAAAUGCUAAGUUGUUGAAAGAACAACAAGAGCUACAGAAGUUGUUCAAUACCACUGUUGAACGUCACCAAGCAGCGGUUAUUAAUGGCCAAAAAUUAAAGUCAAUCAUGAAGAUUCAUAAUGACAUUUUUUCAAAGUUUGAACGAAGCAAGAUUUUACCCGAUUGUUACAACUGUAUAAGAAACUCUCCUAACUGUUCCUCCCUGAAUUCUGCAAGGGAUGCCUUCAGCCUUCAGGAACAAACAAUGAACAGUGUAACAAAUGAAGGGACUGGUUUUGUUCCCAAGAGUCUGAGCCUUCUGUGCUGUGUUUGCAAGUUAUCCACAGAUCAACAUCUGUUAAUCAAGUGUGACGCUUGUCUGUUGUAUUACCACUUGAACUGUCUCAACCCUCCACUGGCAAGAAUGCCCAAGAAAACCAAAGUGAUGGGUUGGCAAUGUUCAGAAUGUGACAAGAGCUCGAGUGAUUCUGACCCAGAUGAGGUUGAUAUGGAUGCUAGAAGAAAAAUGAGACACUUGAAGGUUUUGGAGUCAUCUUAUUUCAAAGCUUGUAAAGCUGCUAUAAUGAAAGAUACAAAGAAAAUUCCUGAAAAGCAAAUGUUGGAUUCUGCAAAGAAAGCACCACGUAAGAAGAAUGGUAAAAAAAGGAAAAGGAGUCAUAGCUUCAAUUCUUCACGAAACUCAAACCUUCAGAAGGUUAAGAGGCAACGUGUGACAACAAAUAAUUUGAUUGCAACUCUUAACACAUCACAUAAAGUUGUUGAUGUUUCAUCGUCAGAAACAAUGAUAAAGGAGACUGAAGUAGAAGUAGAUUCAAACUCGAAUUCUGUUACCCUCCCUGGACUGUCGAAAGCAAAAGUAAAGACUGAACUACAAAUAAUGUGCAAUAACUGCCAGCAGAUGGGUACAAAAGCCAACAUUGUCACCUGCGACGAUUGUAUGAAAAGUUAUCAUUUCCUUUGCCUUAAUCCACCGGUUAAGAAGUCUCCUAAGGGUCGAGGAUAUUCUUGGCACUGCACUGAAUGUGAUCCUACAGAAAGCGACUGAGUGAAGUUCAUCAGGAUCUGAUUGUCAACAAUUAAUUAUAAUAGCUUCUAACUAACCAUCAAAAGAUAGUUUUAAUGUUUAAACAAAUUGUUAUCUUAAUUUUUUAAUUAUUUCUAACUAAUUCUAAUUUGUUCAAGUUUCCUGUUUUUUAUGGUUAUCUUUGCCUUUGUAUAGAUUUAUUGCCUAAUUCAUAUAAACAAAAUUCUUGUUUAUGUUAUGCUCAAACGUAAGAAACGUAAGAUCUACUGUAAAAACUGUUUGAGAAUUGAAAUACUGUAAUAGGCAAUUUUUCAGGAUGUUAUGCAAAACCUUUUUUGUUAAGAUUACGUUUUGUAAUUCAACGAUAAUUUUUACAUUCUUAUAAAAUAAAACUUUUUGA